AUGUCACUGCCUCCAUUACCCAUUUGUCCUCUGACUCAAAGCCAUCCAACCUCAGCAGGCCUUCUUGGGCCCUGCCACCCAAAUAAGUCUGACUCCAGCCCCUGCCCACCCCCCCUUUCCGGCCUGAGCCUUAGGGAGCUGCCAGCUGGCCACCUGACACCCUCCCCCCUUGAGCUGAUGUCUGUGACUCCAGGGAAGUUAGCAGUCUGUCUGGUGUCCCUUUCAUCUCUGCCCGUGGCCCCACGACACCAUUCCCAUCUGGCCCAGACAGUCACCGAGGCCCUGGAGCCCCAGCCAUUGGCACAGGCGGCCUCUCCUAUAGCCCCCUUUUUCCUGGGCCUGCAGUGGUGGGCAGGGAGGUGGGGUGAGUGUCGGUGGUAUGCAUGCAUGGUUUGCUGUCCUGUUGUAUGGGAUUCCAAGCCAUGUGAAACUUGGUCUCUAGGUGUGACUCUGGGUUGCAGCAAGUGCUUAUUUAUGUGUAAGGUUGGGGAAAGGGCUGAGGGAGGGCUGUCGGUCCUUCUGUGGUUCAUAUGGAGGGUGAAUCUGGCUGAACCUGACACCCCAGGGGAAGGCAUUGCAGAAACCACUGGUUUCCCAACUGCAGAGGGAUCUGCACUUUUGUUUGUUUUUGACCAAAAAAAAAAAAAAGGUUAG